UAAGGCUGUUACGUAUGUAAAAUUACUCUACCAGUGUAGUGCUGUAUACACGUUUGGAGAUUUUUCAUACGGAUCGCGGGAGUAGAAAAAAAAGGAUUGCUAGGAUUGUGUAAAUUUAGAAAGCAAAAAGUUCAUUUGCAAGGUGGUUCUUAAUUUAGAGUUAAAUUAUAAUGCAGAGUGUUAUAAACUCUGUAAAGGGCACUGCUCUUAGCUUUGCUGAAUAUCUAACCCCAGUUUUAAAGGAAAGCAAGUUUAGGGAAACUGGAGUCUUAACACCAGAAGAGUUUGUUGCCGCUGGAGAGCAUCUUGUACAUCAUUGUCCAACAUGGCAAUGGGCUGUUGGGGAUGUAGACAGAGCUAAACCAUAUUUACCAAAAGACAAACAGUUUUUACUUACCCGCAAUGUUCCUUGCACGCGUAGAUGUAAACAAAUAGAAUAUUGUGAUGAGCAUGAACAAAUUAUUGAAGCUGAUGAUCCAGAAGGUGGUUGGGUCGAUACUCAUCACUAUGAUAUAAAUCAAGAGGGGAUGGAUGAAAAAAUUUCUGAAAUGACGUUAGAAGAAACUAGAUCAUCUGUGGUUAAUUUUGAUAAAGAUAUAGAAGAUGAUGAAGAUGAUGAAGAAGCAGCUGAUAUGGAAGCUUUUGAAGUUAGCGGUAUGCUUGAUGAACAGGAUAAAUAUACAACGGACACAUCAAAAAAAGUUAAAGAAAAUCAAGAAUCAUUUUCUGCAGGUGAAAUUAUAAGAACAAGAACCUACGAUUUACAUAUCACUUAUGACAAGUAUUAUCAAACACCAAGACUAUGGCUUUUUGGUUAUGACGAAAAUAGAAAACCAUUAACUGUGGAAGAAAUGUAUGAAGAUGUUAGUCAAGAUCAUGCAAAGAAAACUGUUACAAUGGAAACUCAUCCUCAUAUGCCAGGACCACCUAUGGCUUCCGUUCAUCCUUGCAGACAUGCUGAAGUUAUGAAAAAAAUUAUAGAAACUGUGAUGGAAGGUGGUAGGGAAUUAGGAGUUCACAUGUAUCUUAUUAUAUUUUUAAAGUUUGUACAAUCAGUCAUACCAACUAUUGAAUAUGACUAUACUCAGAAUGUAACAUUAACUAGUUCAAGUUAAAUAUGGGACAAAUUAAUUUGUUUUUAUAAAUAAAUUAAAAUCUUGUCUCAUUAAUUUUAU